UCCAUUUCACACUCCAUCCCCCCCCCCCCACCCUCCCUCUCUUUCUGUUGGUGAAUGUCUCCCUGUCUCUGUUCAUAUCACAAAGCCAUAUAAAGUCCCAAUUGGCUAUCCCUCCCCUUCCUAUUCCUCGUCAAGGUGGCUUGGAAGCAAUACGCACACAAGCAUCUUGGGGGACCAGUAAGAGACAGUUCUUUUCCACACAAAGAGAGACAACAUGAAAGGACCAGCUGCGGCUGUUCUCUGGUUGGCGAGCCUCGGCUCAGCCAUUGCCACGAACGAGCUUCACGAGCGGCAGCAGUCUGAGCUCGCUUCCUCAGACCCAUUCUACCCUUCGCCAUGGAUGGAUCCUAACGCCGAGGGUUGGGAGGAUGCCUACGCCCAGGCCAAGGCCAUCGUCUCACAGAUGACCAUCAUGGAGAAGGUGAACCUGACAACAGGCGUCGGCUGGGAGGGUGGACUCUGCGUGGGCAACACCGGCAGCGUACCCCGCCUGGGCAUCCGCAGUCUGUGUAUGCAGGACUCGCCGCUCGGUGUCCGCUUCGCCGAUUGGGUCUCGGCCUUUCCCUCGGGCCAGACCACCGCGGCGACAUGGAGCCGUGACCUCAUGUACCGUCGCGGCCUGGCCAUGGGCCAGGAGCACAAGGGCAAGGGUGUCGACGUCCAGUUGGGACCCGUCGCAGGACCCCUUGGCCGCUCGCCCGAGGGCGGCAGGAACUGGGAAGGCUUCUCUGUCGACCCUGUGCUGACGGGUGUUGGCAUGGCCGAGACCAUCAAGGGCAUCCAGUCUGUGGGUGUGGUGGCUACAGCCAAGCACUUUAUAGGCAACGAGCAAGAGCACUUCCGUCAGGAGCCAGAGGCUGUCGGGUAUGGAUUCAACAUCACCGAGUCCAUCUCUUCCAAUAUCGACGACAAGACCCUGCACGAGCUCUACGUCUGGCCCUUUGCAGAUGCGGUCCGGGCUGGUGUGGGCUCUGUUAUGUGCUCAUACAACCAGAUCAACAACUCGUACGCCUGCCAGAACUCCAAGAUGCUCAACAACAUUCUCAAGGGCGAGCUCGGCUUCCAGGGCUUCGUCAUGAGUGACUGGUCUGCCCAGCACACUGGUGUCGCGGGCGCUGUGGCCGGCCUUGACAUGUGCAUGCCUGGUGACACCGCCUUCGAUACAGGCGACGCCUACUGGGGCUCCAACCUCACCAUUGCCGUCCUCAACGAGACCAUGCCCCUAUACCGCCUCGAUGAUAUGGCAUUGCGCAUCAUGGCCGCCCUCUACAAGGUCGGCUUCACCCUCGACGAGCCCGGCCCCAACUUCUCCUCCUGGACCAGGGAGACCUACCAGAACGCCUACUACUACGCGCAGGAGGGCUGGCAACAGGUCAACCAGCACGUCGACGUCCGCGGCGAGCAUGCCGCCGUCAUCCGUGAGAUCGGCGCCAAGGGCACCGUCCUCCUCAAGAACUCGGGCGUCCUUCCCCUGGACAAACCCAAGUUCGUCGCCGUGAUUGGUGAAGACGCUGGCCCUGCUCUGUAUGGCCCGAACGGUUGCGCAGCCGGUGACCAUGGCUGUGACAAUGGCACGCUGGCCAUGGGCUGGGGAUCCGGCACCUCUGACUUCCCCUACCUCGUCACGCCCGACAGCGCCGUACAGCAACAGGUCCUGUCCUAUGGCGGCCGCUACGAGAGCGUCCUUGACAACUAUGCGACGAGCCAGAUCGAGACACUUGUCCGGCAGGCGGGUUCUACGGCGAUCGUAUUCAUCAACGCCGACAGCGGCGAGGGCUAUAUCAACGUCGACGGCAACAUGGGCGACCGCAACAACCUGACCAACUGGAACGCCGGCGACGACCUCGUGAAGAAUGUCUCGGCUAUCAAUAACAACACCAUCGUGGUCAUCCACAGCGUCGGGCCCACCCUGCUCACCGACUGGUACGACCAUCCCAACAUCACCGCCAUUCUUUGGGCCGGUCUCCCGGGCCAGGAGUCUGGCAAUGCCCUCGUUGACGUCCUCUUCGGCGCCGUCAACCCUGCUGGCCGCUCCCCCUUCACCUGGGGCGCCACGCGCGAGAGCUAUGGCACAGAUGUUCUAUACGAGCCCAACAACGGCGACGGAGCACCCCAGGACGACUUCACCGAGGGUGUCUUCAUCGACUACCGCUACUUCGACAAGACCAACGCCACGCCCAUCUACGAGUUCGGCUUUGGCCUUUCAUACACCACCUUCGAGUACUCGAACCUCCAAGUCACCAAGGUGACCAACGCCAGCGCCUACGUCGCCAACACGGGCUACUCUGCCGCGGCGCCCAUCAUCGGCAGCAGCAACUUCUCGACGGAUAUCGCCGACUACGCGUUUCCACAGGGCAGCUUCGACUACAUCACGGCCUACAUCUACCCGUACCUCAACUCCACCACCUCCCUCGAGGCCGCCUCCAACGACUCCAGCUACGGCCAGACCGCCGCCGAGUUCCUGCCCCCCAACGCCACCUCGUCGGCGCCGCAGCCCCUGCUGCCCGCCUCAGGAGCACCAGGUGGCAACCCGGGCCUCUGGGACGUUCUGUACACCGUGACAGCGGACAUCCAGAACACGGGGUCCCUAGACGGCGACGAGGUGCCCCAGCUGUACCUCAGCCUCGGUGGUCCCGACGACCCCAAGGUCGUGCUGCGCGGGUUCGACCGCCUCACCAUCGCGGCGGGCCAGACGGCGACGUUCACGGUGCAGCUGACGCGGCGUGAUCUGAGCAACUGGGACACGGUCUCCCAGGACUGGGUGAUCAGCAGCUACCCCAAGACGGUCUAUGUCGGACGGAGCAGCAGGAAACUGGACCUGAGCGCUUCCUUGUCGUAGGGAUGCAGGGAAGGAAAUUUGAGAUGAUGGGUUCGGUCUCCUGCUGCCCAGGUUCUUUAUGAAAAUGAGCUGGUAGGUUAAUGAGUUAUAUACUUUUACGUACAUAGUGUUAGAAGAUGAGGCUUUUAAAAUAUUAAUGACUAUUGAAAGC